AUGCACAAGUACAUCCUUCGCCGAGUGUUGUUGGCCAUCCCCGCGUUGAUCGGGCUGACCAUCAUCAUCUUCCUCGUGAUGCGCAUCCUGCCCGGCGACGUUCUCACGGUAAUGUUCGGUGAGGAGGGUACGCUACAACUGAGCGAGGAAGACCGGACCCGCAUCAUCGCGAGCCUGGGCCUCGACAAACCGAUCCACAUGCAGUACGUGGACUGGCUUCAGGACAUCGUCACGCUGAAGCUGGGCCAGUCGUUCUGGCGGUCCAGUUCGGUCAUGGACCUGAUAAAGAGUCGCGGUCCGAUCACCCUGGAGAUCGCGAUCGUCUCGGUGUUAUUGUCGUGGGUGAUCGGGUUGCCCGUUGGAAUCAUCGCGGCGAUGAAACGGAACAGCGCCGCGGACUACGCCGGGCGCUUCUUUUCCAUCCUGUUCCUGGCGAUACCCAACUUCUGGUUGGGCACGUUGAUCGUUCUGGCGCUCGUGUUAACGUUCCAGUGGAAAGCUCCGCUGCAGGUGAUCAAUAUCUGGGAGAAUCCCUGGCAAAACUUCCAGAUCAUCUGGGGUCCGGCGCUGGUGCUGGGCAUCGGCCAAGCCGCCUAUGUCUCUCGCAUGGCCAGGUCCGCCCUCCUAGAGACCAUCCACGAAGACUACAUUCGGACGGCCCGAGCCAAGGGGCUGGCCGAGCGGAUGGUUAUCGCCCGGCACGCCCUCCGCAACGCCAUCAUGCCGGUGAUCACGCUGUCGGGCGUGUUGCUCGGUUUUCUGAUCGGCGGAUCCGUGGCGGUCGAGCAGGCUUUCGGAGUUCCCGGCCUGGGCCGAACCCUGGUGUUCGCGUUCCUGGAACGGGACUACGUUGUCAUCCAGAACCUGGUUCUGCUCUACGGGAUCAUAUUCGUGGUUACCAACCUGUUGGUGGACAUCUCUUACGCCUGGAUUGACCCGCGCAUCCGUUACAGCUGA